AUGCCCUUCGCUCACCCACACCAUUUUCGCUUCCUCACAAUCCUAACGAACCGCUGCUAUCUCUCUCUCUCCAAACCUCUCUCACCUUCUCAGGCCCUUACAACAAUGGCCUCCGACGACCUCUCCUCCCUCCCCGCCGCCUCCGACGACGACAAGUACGGCUUCCAGAGGCCCGAGAUGUUCUCCACCAAGCUCGCCGGCACCGUCGACGCCUACGACCGCCACGUGUUCCUCUGUUACAAGAGCCCCGAGGCUUGGCCCGCGCGCGUUGAAGGCUCGGAGUCCGAUCCGCUCCCCAAGCUACUCGCCUCGGCUUUCAAGGCAAGGAAGAAUGAUACAUCCAUCAAGACGAAGUUGACUGUGUGUGAAGGCCGUGACGGAACUGAGUUUGCCGACGGCGAUCUCUUGAUAUUCCCGGAUAUGAUCAAAUACAGGGGCUUGAAAGAGUCAGAUGUUGAUAGCUUUGUGGAUGAUGUUAUCGUGAAUUGUAAGCCAUGGGCAUCUGGAGCACAGGAGGUCUUGACCGGUUCUCAUGUAUUUGUGUGUGCCCAUGGUAGUCGAGAUCGUAGGUGUGGUGUUUGUGGCCCUGUUCUCAUUGAUAAGUUUAUUGAGGAGGCCGAAGUUCGAGGACUGAAAGAUCAGGUGUUUGUUAGUCCCUGUUCUCACAUUGGAGGCCACAAGUAUGCUGGGAACUUGAUUAUCUACAGCCCUGAUGCAGAUGGAAAGAUCACUGGUCAUUGGUAUGGCUAUGUUGCACCUGAUGAUGUACCGGAAUUGCUUGAUGACCAUAUUGGGAAAGGGCAGAUUAUAGAACGACUGUGGAGAGGCCAAAUGGGAGUUUAUGUCGAGGAAGCUGAGAAGGCUAAUGGACACAAGCAUCCCAAUGGAGAAACCAAAAAGCUGAAGGACCAGAAGCUUCCAAAGGGAGAAGAUUCUGAGAGAAGCAAGGAAAAGCCCCAAGAAAAUGGCUCUCAGAUUCAGAACACCAAUGAGAACUUUGCUGGUUGUUGCCAGGGUGCUAAUGGAGUCUCAUGCUGCAGAGAUGGGAGUUUGGAGCAGACCAGUGAAAUUGAGGAGAAGAAGCAGAAAGCAACCACAGAAGCCACCAGUGGCAAGAAGGAUGGAUAUGCAUGCAAACUGGCAAGCUGCAUUGGGAAAUGGGAGCAAAGUGAUAUUCUCGCGGCUGUUGCCGUUGUGGGAGCAGUGGCAACUGUGGGAGUUGCAGUCUAUAGCUUUCACAGAAGGUCAGGUUGAAAUCUUUAUCACGUCCUUGCUCUUUAAUUGUGGAUGUGUAUCUCUAGUUCCUCGUCUUUUGAUAGAAACCCUAUUAUUACAUCAUUCAAAUAAUUCUCUAAACCUCCACUUACUAUAAAAGGAGAAUAUUUAUGUUCUUUUCAGGAGGGUGGGAUGAAUUCCCAAGGUUAAGCCAUAGUUGAAAAGAUGUUCCUGAUCCCCUUCCCUAGAAGUUUUGUGCACACUAUUGAUAUCUGUCGUUUCUGUGAACUGGUGAAUGGUUUAGUUUUAUAUAUAGUGGAUUUUGUCAUGGG